AUGCAUUCUGUCGCAGGGCACUUCAAACCCGACGCCUCGGGCGCAGCUCCGAAGCAGAUGGAAUACCUUCCGCACCUGAAGCUGAAUGAUGGGAACGAAAUCCCCAUGCUCUCAUAUGGCCUAGGCACCGCCCGAGCUAAAGAUAGGGAUGCUACCGAGCAGGACGAAGAGGUCGUGAAGCUGACCACCAUGGCUAUCAAGAACGGGUACUACCACCUCGAUGGAGCCGAGGUCUAUAAGAACGAGGAGGAGCUCGGCGCCGCCAUCAAAGCGGCCGGCGUGCCGCGCGAGAAGCUCUACGUCGUCACCAAGCUGUCGGGCACCAAGAAGCAGGACGUGCAGACGGCCUUCGAGACGUCGCUGGCCAAGCUGGGACUCGACUACGUGGACCUGUACCUGGUGCACGCGCCGUACCUGGCCCACACGCCCGAGGAGCUGCAGGCCGUGUGGGCUAAGAUGGAGGCCAUCAAGGACUCGGGCAAGGCCCGGUCCAUCGGCGUGUCCAACUUCCUGCAGGAGCACAUCGAGACGGUCCUCAAGACGGCCCGGAUCCCCCCGGCCAUUAACCAGAUCGAGUACCACCCGUACCUGCAGCACGGCGGCCUGGUCGAGUUCCACCGCCAGAACAACAUCGCCAUCUCGGCCUACGGGCCCCUGACGGCCGUCACCAAGGCCAAGCCGGGACCCCUGGACGCCACGUACGCGGACCUGGCCAACAAGUAUGGCGUUACGGAGGCCGAUGUGGCCUUGAGAUGGUGUCUGGACCAAGGGAUCGUAGCCAUCACCACGAGCUCCAAUGAGCAGAGGCUCCAGGGCUAUUUGCGAAAGCUACCCAGCUUCAAGCUCACGCCCAAGGAGGUUGAGACGAUCUCUGAGCUGGGUCAGGAGAAACACUUUAGGGGAUUCUGGAACAACCGGUUCAAGAACGAUGAUCGUCGAUAA